GAGUGGCUGUGGAUGCUCUGCAUCGUACAAACCGCGAUGGCUUUCGCUUCCAGUGGACCCCGCAUUGUGGGUGGCAAGGAGACGAGCAUCGCACAGUUGCCGUACCUGGUGUAUCUUCGGCAGGGAGGCUUCUUCCUCUGCGGCGGCUCUCUGCUCUCGCCCACCGUCGUGCUCAGUGCGGCGCACUGCGUGUAUGGGGCCCAGCCCGAGGACUACACGGUCCACGCCGGUGCCAGUCGGCUGGAUGAAGCCGCGCCCGUGGUUCGCGGCGUAGCCAGCUUCCGGCUCGCACCCAGCUACUCGCCCACCAAUUUCGACAUGGACGUGGCCAUGCUGCUACUGAAGGAGCCCGUUCCCCUCUCUGACGGCAGAGUGGCUACUAUUGCUGCAUGCCGUAACCCACCGGAGAGCAAUGCCUAUGCAAGGAUCAGCGGUUGGGGAGUGACGCGCGAGAACAACCGAGAACCCGCCGUCCAGGUUCGUACGGCCAUGGUGCGGAUGCUGUCCGCCGCAGAGUGCCGGCUGUCCUAUGCCGGAAUGGCCAAGCUAAGUGAUUCCAUGAUUUGCGCCUCGGUUCGAGGCCUAAGGGACUCAUGCUCCGGCGACUCGGGAGGUCCGCUCGUGUAUCGCGGUCAGGUGUGCGGCAUUGUCUCCUGGGGAUUUGGCUGCGCCCGACUGGCCUACCCAGGAGUGUACACCAGUGUGGCCAGUGCCCGAGUGCGCUCCUUCAUCGAGAAAACGUUGCAGGAGAUUGGCAGCUAGCUUUGCUGAUUCUCAUAUCCCCCCUGCAAGGUCAGUAACGUUGUAGAGUUAUGGGAGCGAGUAAGCUCUGGCAGGGCUUCAAUUUCAAUUCGAAUUCCAUUUGGCUGAUGAGGUCGUCGCGAUAAUCCAGACAAAAUGGUUUGAUUAAAGUAAUUAUUAUU